AUUCGCGCCGUGGGCGUCUCUCCGCCGACACGUCUCGCUCUCAGUGCUGUCCGCCAGCAACUCGGAGUCGCGCGCGAACCAUAACGUCUCCCGUGAGACAGCGUGCGUUGUCACUGUCCACAUAUAAUCUCAGUGGUGUAAAAAUAAAGCCGGCGACAGACGGCGGCGGCAUCCCAAGUUAUAUUUAAAUGAUAGCGCGGACGCGGGGCUGGGCUCGCCUCGACCGCUCUCCGACAACAUGAGACGAAGUCGGGGCCUAGUGUGCGAGUGCCUGGGCGCGGCCACGUGCCCCGAUGGCGCGGCCAACGGCACGUGCGUCACGCAGCCCGGCGGCUACUGCUUCGUGGCCGUCGAGGAGGUGCUGGACGACAGCGGGCUCGUCGUCGUUGACCGCACCGCCGGCUGUCUGCCGCCAGAUGAGUCCGGCUUUAUGCAAUGUAAAAGCUCACAGGUGCCACAUCAGCACCCUAAGGUGAUAGAAUGCUGCUUCGAGAGCGACCUGUGCAACCGGCGGCUGCAGCCCGCGCUGCCCGAGCCGCCGCCCGACGUGACGGAGUCGCCGGGCGCGGGCGGCGCGGGCGGCGCUCCCACGCUGCUGCUGGCCGCCGCGCUCUGCGUCGCCCUGCUGGCGGCGCUGGCGGCCGCCUUGCUGCUGCUGCGGCGCCGCCGCCGCGCCGGCAAGCGUCCGCCCUCACCUCCCGCGCCUCUACCCGCCGACGCGUCCUCCGGCUCCGGGUCGGGCCUGCCGCUGCUGGUGCAGCGCACCGUCGCCAAACAGAUACAGAUGGUCGAGUCCAUCGGCAAGGGUCGCUACGGCGAGGUGUGGCUCGCGCGCUGGCGCGGGGAACGCGUCGCCGUCAAAGUCUUCUUCACCACUGAGGAAGCCUCCUGGUUCCGUGAAACUGAAAUCUACCAAACAGUACUGAUGCGACAUGAGAACAUCCUCGGCUUCAUCGCCGCCGACAUCAAGGGAACCGGCUCGUGGACGCAGAUGCUGCUCAUCACAGACUACCACGAGAACGGCUCGCUACACGACUACCUGCAAACCGUGGUACUGGACACGAACAGUCUCAUGACCAUGGCGUAUUCUAUAGUGAGCGGCCUGGCGCACCUACACAUGGACAUAUUCGGCACGAAGGGCAAGCCGGCCAUCGCGCACCGAGACAUCAAAAGUAAAAACAUCCUGGUGAAGCGCAACGGGCAGUGCGCCAUCGCGGACUUCGGCCUGGCGGUGCGCUACGUGGCGCAGCGCGACGAGGUGGACAUCGCGCCCAACACGCGCGUCGGCACGCGCCGCUACAUGGCGCCCGAGGUGCUGGACGAGAAGCUCGACGUCACCAACUUCGACGCCUUCAAGAUGGCCGACAUGUACUCGCUGGGCCUGGUGCUGUGGGAGAUGUGCCGGCGCUGCUGCUCGGGCGGCAAGGCGCAGCUGGUGGAGCCGUACGCGCUGCCCUACCACGAGCUGGUGCCGCCCGACCCCAGCUUCGAGGACAUGCACGCGUGCGUGGUGCGGGCGGCCCGCAGGCCGGGGGUGCCGGCCCGCUGGCUGGCCAGCGAGCCGCUGGCGGCGCUGGCGCAGCUCAUGUGCGAGUGCUGGCACAGCAGCCCGCCCGUGCGGCUGACGGCGCUGCGUGUCAAGAAGACGCUCGCCAAGUUCCGCACGGAGACCACCGUCAAGCUCGUGUGACCGGACUCUACUAGCUUUACGUUCCGACCUAAGUUCCUCGAUAAAAUUCUAUUUAUUUUACGUUUCAUGUGAAAAACAAUAGCCGCCCCAUCGAUGUGAAAAUUCAGUUCGACCACCGUUCUCGUUUAAAUCUCAGUAUUGUUAAGUUUAUUCGGUUAGCAGUUCGCGCCCCCAGUGACAUGAUACUGUAAUUAUAAUUAUGACUAACUUAUGAAUGUUCCCGAUGGAAUCUCCGCAACUGUAUGAUUUUGGUUUUAGUUUUGUUCUAAAAGUAAUGUUUUAUUUUAUUACUGUUACUUAGAUUUAAUGAUGAAGUGUUUUAUAAUGAAAAUUUGUUGUCUUCCGUUUGUAUAAGCAAUUGAGUGUCCUCGUCGAGGCUGUGUCCCUAUGUGUCGCCGCACCGCAGGGACACAGGUUCGGUUCACGACACACUGAGCAGCUAUAGGAGUGUAGAUAUGGAACAAUACUCUGUUUACGUUUCUGUUGUAAAUUAGUCGCUGUUGUGAAGUACGGGACUGACGCCGCGGGCUCGAGCGACUUGUAUUGUGAUAUUUUGACAAUAAGACGCCUUUGUAAUCGUACAAAACAGAGUUGAUUUCGAAAUUAUCGACGUAGCCGUGUAAAAUGCAUUUUUAUAUUCACAUGUUUGUCGGUACAGGUAGCUAAUGUGGGUUGUACUUAAACGAUGAUAAAAAGACUAAUAGUAGUGUGUGAGUAUUAAAGUUAUGGGAUGUAUAGCGCAGUGUCUUAUGGAGAUGCCUUCGCAACGAUUAGUAUUAACUAUUGUUUUGUAUAGCGACGCACUUGGUCUGAUGUGCCUUACGUUAAGAUUCUAUGCCUUGUCACUAUUCAACUUUAGUUGAAAAUUGUCACAUCGAAAUGUAAUAGGAAAAGUGCAUUACGACUCAUAUUUGAUGCACUUUUCUUAUGUACAUUUUGAAAACUGUUUAUAAUUUUGCAGUGAUUCGGAAUCACAAAACCAAACAUUAAUUGACUGCUAAUUGUAAGGGUAGUUGUAUAUGUGGAAGUGAGUAUAGACUAGACCAAGUGUCCGCCUAGCAUUUAUUUACUAGUGCGCAUCGCACCCUGUACAGUGUUGUGUAAAUAUAGCAGGUAGCUGACAUUGCAUAGGAUUCUAAUACAUGUUAAGUUACAAAUAAAACAUUAAUGGACAUAGA